AUGAUUAAAGGACUAUUUGCUUACAUUUUAGCAGCUGGUAUUGUGUCUUCAUUUUUCACAGGAGGGAUUUGGUGGCUCAUAUAUAUGGCGGCCAUGAGGGUCAAAUGCACAAACCGUACGUGAGUAUGGAACACUUUUCGUACAUUUCAUACAAAAGUGAAGUGAGAACCAGUUUCACAAUAUGCAAAAACAGCCAAAUACAAAAGUACUGAUCUAGAUUUUUUUUUCUGAAAUGUUAUUUAUUAUAUAAAACAUUAAAAAAUAUCCUGAACAAAUUACUUCAAAAAAUGUUAAGACUGAAGCAAACAAAAAAUGAAGAAAAUGCAGAUAAAUACCAUGACAUGCAACACCAUUUCAAGAAACUUGACAAAAUAAUGACAGUCAAAACCAAAAUAUCCAAACAUUUACAAAAUCUCACAAAAUAAGGUAAUACUUGAUAAGAUUCAGAAAAAUGAAAUCCUUUAUAUAUCAGAUAAAAUGCACAAAUAUUUGAUGUACCAAAAAUUUCUCAAAAUGUUGAAAUGGAAAAUACAAACAUGAAAAUGUUUAAAUAACAAAUAAAAAUAAAUGUUCACAUAAUGCCAAAAAGUUUUCUUAAAAGCAGAAAAUUGCUGCAAAUAUUCCAUAAAUCAAAGAAAAAUAUAACAAACUUUAAAUGAAAUACAAAAUUGCUUUUAAAAACCCAGGAGUGAAACCCUGUUUUUUCAUCUCAUGUUGUUAAUAAUUGAUCUCAUUUAUAAACUCCUGAAUCUGCUGAUCAUCACACUGACCAAAGUUCCUCAAACCUGCUGCUGGACUCUGACAGAGGGUCUUUUCCUUCAGCUCCUUGGUCAGAGGGGAUGUUUGGCUGAUUUGAUCUCAGCUUUAUUAGAGGCAUAGCUGCAGAAUAUUCACAGACUUCUUCAAAGAAGCUCAUUGAAGUGUUUUUAUUAAUAAGUGGCGAGAUGGAGGACUCCUCAUCAAACAAAGUGACCAUCAACAACCCGGCAGACAUCUGUGUCAUAGUUGGGUACUUCAUCGUGGUGAUUGGUGUUGGUGUUUGGGUGAGUGAGUCCAUGUUAAUCUAAAUCCAAACAGACGAUUGUGAUUUCAUUUAUAAUCUACAUAAAUCCAGUGCAGGCUGUAAGAGUUAUAGAAAUGCUCUCUGUUUCAGUCCAUGUUUCGCUCCAAUCGUGGGACAGUUGGAGGAUAUUUUCUGGCAGGACGUACCAUGACUUGGGGGCCGGUGAGCUCAGCAGAACGCUUUGAUGGUUUAAUAUUUGAAUUUAAAAGCAGCAGAAAUUUUCUGUUUACUAAUGAUAUUUAAGCCUAAAAUACAAAGUGGUAUAGGUAGGACAAAAAAAAAAAAAAAACCUGCUGCACUUCAUACUUGGUCCACUAGGGUGCACUCACAUGCCCUUCUAAUGUACUGCUAAAUGAGCAUGUAAUUGUCUGAGAUACUAAGUUAUUGUAAAAAAAAUACAAAGUAUGGGAAAAUUAUGACUUAAAAAGUCAAGAAAUGUAAUUGAUAUAAUAAAAACACAUAUAAGAAAAUGAAUAAGAAAUUAAGGAUUUAUUUUAAGUAUUGAUAAGAAACUAAAUAACAAAAUAAUGACUUGAGAAUUUCAAACAACUUAACAUGAAAAUUUUUGAUAUUUGCAAUAUCAAAAAAUGACUGUGUUUCAAUAUAAGGGGGAGGUUUCUUGUACACAGUGGUUGAAAUUUUAAAAUAACAAUCUUAAGUCAAAUCAUUUUAAAUUAAUAUCCAACCAUUUUAAAUUGAUAUCCAAUGAUGAUAAAAAAAGAGCUGUUAAACUCAAAUAAUGAGUAAGUGUCCCUGGUAAAGUACUGUCAAUACAAUACAAGAAACCAAGACUAUGUGCAUUAAAAACAGACAUGACUCUGUAGUGGAAAUCCCUGCAUGGACUACAAAAACCAUUGUCUGAGAAUACAGUUCAUCACUGCAUCCACAAAUGUGGUUCAAACUGAACCAUGCAAAGAGGAAACUAGAUAAAGACAGGAUCCAGAGACUUCUCUCUCAGUCCAAAUCCAGAAUCCCUGAUGGUAUGAGGAUCAUCUGAGUCCAUGUUCCACAUCUGUGAAGGCUCCAUUUAUGCUAAACAAUAUCUACAGGUUUAGGAGCAACAUCUGCUGACAUCCAGACAAUGCGUGACAAUGAGUGUUUCUUUGGUUUUGAUGUUUUUUCUGAGUUAUUUUCUGCUUUUUUUCUUCUCAGGUUGGUGCGUCUUUGUUUGCCAGUAAUAUCGGCAGUGGACACUUUGUGGGCUUAGCUGGAACUGCAGCAGCCAGUGGUAUUGCUGUGGGCGGGUUUGAGUGGAUUGUAAGCAUCGGAUUGAGCGUGACUUUCAUGAAAUUUAAAGGCGUGUGUGAACGUACAUUCACCUUUUAGGAUCACCUGCACAUACUGUAGUUUGUUGUUCUCUGCAGGCCCUGUUCAUCGUGCUUCUACUCGGCUGGUUGUUUGUUCCAGUUUAUCUUACAGCUGGAGUGAGAAGUUCAAUUUUCUUUUCAUCAUCAAUUAUUAAAAAGCCUCUGAACCACCCAUGCAGUGGGUAAAAAGGCUUUAAUUUGCAUUGUAUGAAAUGUGUCAGGUGAUCACGAUGCCUCAGUACCUGAAGAAGAGAUUUGGAGGGACCCGGAUCAGCCUCUACCUCUCUGUUAUCUCUCUGUUUCUGUACAUCUUCACCAAGAUAUCGGUGAGUCCUUCCUCCUGAAAACACACACAUGUACAGUUUUAUAUUCACCCUUCAUUUCACCCUCUCUCCUCCUCUCUGCAGGUGGACAUGUUUGCAGGAGCCGUGUUCAUCCAGCAGGCGUUGGGCUGGAACAUCUAUGUCGCUGUCAUCAGCCUCUUGUGUAUAACAGCUGUGUACACUGUCACAGGUGUGUUUUAGGGCUGAACUUUGUCCAAAAAGGUUUUCCUGUUUGAGUUUCGUUUGUCCAGCAGUUUUUCAUAAUUUCACCAAAUCAAUGUAAGAUAAAAAUGUAUAAAACAGGAUACCGACUGAAGUUUUAUUUCUUAUUUGGAUGAGCCGAUACUCUCCUUUAAAAGCCGUAAUUUCUGAUGGUUGUUGUAUCUAGCAUGUUCCUCUGUGUGUGUGUCACCAGGUGGUCUGGCUGCUCUAAUGUACACAGACACAGUCCAGACUUUUGUCAUCAUAGCAGGAGCCUUGGUCCUCUCCGGCUUUGGUGCGUAAAACCUGCACGAUCAUUGUUACUCUCCCCUCUAUCAGUCCCUCCAUCCCCGUGACUGUCUCCCUCCCAGCAACUCUACAACAAACAGGCUAAAGGUUAACUAAGGUCAGCCAUCAUUCAUGCCACUGCUGAGGUUUACAGGCUGCUGACACUGCAGAGCAACAAACUCUCCACCUCCAGCUGACAUUAAACACCCCACCUCAGUUAUUAUUUUAUAACACAUCAACAUGCAGUAUAUCAGUCUGAAGUAGAUCAGAGAUAAAGUCAGAGGAGGAGGCAGUCCAGAUAAAAGUGUCAGAGGAAACAGUGGAGGAUGAAAACAACAAACUCCUCUGUGUGAGUCAGUGAUGCGUUGACAGGAUGGUGCUGUCUCAGCAGCUGACUCAUGUCUUCAGAUUGGACAGUAUCUGCUCUGGACUACCAAACUGAGUUUACAAUAAGAAGAGCACAGAGGGCCAUACAGUCUUAGUUUUGGUCCUUAUCCCUUUUGUAGAUCUCCUGUGUCCAGAAAACUUAUCUUUUGUGAAACAUGUCCCCCUCUCUCUCUUCCUCUCUUUCUUACCUCCAGCUUUCACUGAAAUAGGGGGCUACAGUGCUCUGCUGGACAAAUACAGAACUGCAUCGCCCAGUAAUGUCUCCUCCCUGGAUCCGGCGAGCUACAACAUCACAGCUCACUGCUACACCCCCAGAGAGGAUGCCUUCAGCCUGCUGAGAGACCCAGUCACAGGGGACCUGCCCUGGCCUGGAGUCCUAUUCGGGACUUUGAUAGUGGGGAGCUGGUACUGGUGCACAGACCAGGUUAAAAAAAUCUCACCUAAGUAACCUUGUCUGUAUAACUCGACCAGCUGAACAAACUACAACAGUUUUUUUUUUAGAUAUAUACAAUUUUUACAUCAUCUAAUUAUCAAUAAUCUCUUUUUUUUUCUCCAUUAUUUUUAGGUAAUUGUCCAGCGGUGUCUUGCAGCUCGUAGUCUGACUCACGUUAAAGCUGGCUGCAUCAUGUGUGGCUACCUCAAACUGCUGCCCAUGUUCCUCAUGGUGUUCCCGGGCAUGAUUAGCAGAGUCCUCUACCCAGGUGAGCUACAGACACAUUUCAGAUAAUACCAACCUAUAUACAAAUAAGAGAAUAAUACAUGUCAUUCUAUGGUGACGAUACCAUAUCUGUCUGCACCCUUAUAGUAAAUGCUUUUUCACUUCAAUUUCAUUUUGACACCUGAAGCCUCAAAUUGGUUUCCUUUACUGGAAUAAGUCCUGAUGGUGCAGACUACAGUGCUGCCAGAUUUGGACGUUGUAGACAUGCAUGCAGCUGCCUCCAUAUAAAAACCAUUGGAAUAUUAGUGUCAGUAUCACAGCGCUCUUUGCUCUUCUGUGUGUUUUUCCACCUGCAGAUGAGGUGGGCUGUGUUGUACCUGAGCUGUGUAAGCAGGUGUGUGGCACUGCAGUGGGCUGCUCCAACAUCGCUUACCCCAAACUAGUGGUGUCAAUCAUGCCAAACGGUGAGGAUGAGUGAAACGACCACAGAAAGAAAAAAUCAGAGGAGAUGAAAAAUAAUGAGGGCAAAGAGCAGAGGUUACAGCUUUGUAUUUUUACAAUUUGCUAUUAAAUUGUGUUUUUAAUUCUCUGUGUAUCUCGCUGCACAAGAAAAGAUGUAAUCCUCUUCUCUGUAAAUGCAGACCAACAUUUUCUUUUGCCUCGCUCUCAGUUUGGGUCAGUGUUUUCCAGAAAAUCCCCUUAAUACUUUCCUAUGACAUCCCUGUCAGGCAAUAUAUUGUAAAUUUAUUUUUCAACAUGAACUUCAUCCUCUCAAAUCCCUCCCUUUGUAACAGAUGAUGUUAGCAGGUCUCUACAUAGUCUCCUUUCAGCCUUUUGUUUGACAACACCCCGGAUAAAAACUUGGUUUCACUCACACUCUGAGCACAAAAAUUCACAGAUUUGUGUCUGACACUGUGUAGUGAGUAGAUCUCAUGUUUAUUCUGUCCUCUUAUGCCCCCUCUUCUUUCCUCCUGCUGUUUCUCUGUGCAGGUUUGAGAGGUCUGAUGCUUGCGGUGAUGUUGGCCGCUCUAAUGUCGUCUCUGGCUUCAAUCUUCAACAGCAGCAGCACUCUGUUCACCAUCGACAUCUGGACUCGCAUUAGACCACAAGCCACAGAGCGUGAGCUCAUCAUUGUGGGCAGGUAAAGAGCAGGGGUUUGGUAAAUUUAUUGAAGCAUUAUUUUACCAGGAAUAUUUCCACUGAGAUUAUAUUAAUUCUCUUCCUCAUUUUUUGGUUCUGAUUCGGUGCUUUUGGAGAAUAAAGAUAAACCAGAAGUAAUCCAAAUACCUCAAACAUGCAAAGACAGCGGCAUACUCUGGCUGUUUGCGGGGCAGGGGCAUCAAAAGUAGAAAAGGCACCUGUAAUAUGCCAUGGGGCUCCAGGGCUCAGAAAGUUGAGACUGAUGAUCUGUUUCCAGCAGCAUUUUGAAGACAAUUUUGAAGGCUCCUCACUGACUCUCUCCCCUUUGCACUCUGUGAUUACAAAGACUUUACACAACAGGCUUCAUUCUAGCCUUCAUAAAUAAUUGUGAGGCCAGUAAAAGUUUGAUUUGAGCAGCACUGGAUAGUAAGUGGCCUGGAGGUUGCAGAGCUGGAGUAGUUUGCAAACCCCCAAUACCUACAGUGUGAGUAAGUAGUUAUUUAAACCUGUAAGAGGAGGAUCAGAGGAGCAUCUUGCUUGUUAAUCCCUUCAUUGUAACGGAUAUUUAUGCAACAUCAAGGACAUUAUAAAGAAUAAUACAAAAUUAUAUCCUGCCUGUCUGUGCAGAGAGGGUUGUCAUUAUGACUGUCAUUGUGAUUUAAAUUCCUGUCCUCUUCAGAGUCUGGGUUCUCUGCAUCGUGGCCGUCAGCAUCUGUUGGAUCCCGGUUGUCCAGGCGGCUCAGAGCGGUCAGCUGUUUGAUUACAUCCAGUCCAUCUCCAGCUAUCUGGCCCCGCCCAUCGCCUCAGUCUUUGUCCUGGCUGUAUUCAUCAAGAGGAUCAAUGAGACAGUGAGAGGAUAUAAACACACAUGUGUGAUCAGUAACAAGACACUCGGUGACAUUUUUUGAAGAGAAACUCGGGUCUCUCCUUCACUUCCAGGGUGCGUUCUGGGGUCUGAUGGGCGGUCUGCUGAUGGGUUUGUGUCGGAUGCUGCCUGAGUUCUGGUUUGGGACUGGCAGCUGUAUUUUUCCCUCUGACUGCCCUUUCUUAAUUUGUGGGAUCCAUUACCUUCACUUUGCCAUCAUACUCUUCUUCUGUACGUCGGUGCUGGUCUUGGUAGUCAGUUACUGCACUGAGCCCAUAGAGGAUCAACACGUGAGUGCACCUAACAGCAUCAUAAAUACUAUAAUCUGUAAACAUUAGUCAACCUAAGAGACCAGUUUUUGGAGUUUGGAGAGUGAAAUGUUGUCCCAUUCUUGCCUGAUGGAGGAUUUCAGCUGCUCAACAGUUCAGGAUCCACUUUUUUUGUCAUGAUGCUUUUCAAUGAGUGACAAGUCAGGACUUCAAGAUAUUUUGUCACAUCUGUCACAUAUUUGUCACAUAUCUGCUAUAUGUUCUGUAGAUGAUGAAAUCCACUAUUUCUUGCAGCUUCACCGCCUAGUGUUCAGCCUCCGGCACUCUAAAGAGAAGAGGAAGGAUUUGGACUGGGAAUGUGAGAAAAAAGUGAGAAGAUCCCAGAUAGCGUCUGAGGACAGGAUAAGAGAGAGUAAUUAUAGUGAAGGUAAGAAAAAAAUAAGACCACAGACACACCUCUACUCACUGAACACUCUCAUCCCUCACUCUUCCUCUCUGCGACCGAAGAGAAGGGGAAGUCUGGGAUCUGUGGUCUGCUGGGUCGGCUCUGUGGUGGGAGCGACAGCAGCUCCCAGAUCCAAGAGCAGGACACGCCUGAGGUCCUCAGGUGUAGCAAAACCAUGUUUUAAAAUCAUCAUUAUUAUAGGAAAACCCUGCAACCAGAAGGUUUAAUGGUUUCAGGCAUGGCGAAAAACAUCUAUUUAAACCCAUACACAAUAAAUAUAAACCCUGCCAGCGUUUUCCUCAGCUUACUUUCAUCCUCACGCAGACGGGCCGUGGCAGCUCCACACCACAGGAUCCGGGAGAGGCAGCAGCAGCAUCUUGCUGAUGUGCUGCGCUGUUCUUCUGGCCAGAUUGGCUUCACAACUAAAACGCUUCAUGGUCUCAGGCAGGGUCAUAGCCAUUUUGCCGAGUGGGUUAGCGUGCUCCAUGUAUGGGGACCAUGGUCCCUGCAGCGCUCGUGGGUUCGAGUCCUUCCCCCUCUCUCUCUAUCUCCCCAUAUUUCAACACUGUCCUAUCCUCUUUUCAUUAAAAGCUGGGAACAGAGUACGCCGUCCAAAACACGUGCAACACUUAUGGGCACCAAAGUGAUUGAUGGGCACCUGAUUUAUUUAUUUAUUUUUAACCAGGGAGGUGCCCCCCAGCAGAUGGUGCCCUUGGCAACCGCCCAUGCCUAGAAACGGCCCUGCCUGAGGAACCAGAGAAGCUGCCGGACAUCAGCGAGGAACCAGUGUGGGAACACACAGUGUACGCUAACGCUCUGGUUAUGAUGGCUGUAGCUUGUUUCAUGUGGGGUUACUUCGCUUAG